AUGAGUGUGGCGCAAGCUAUAUUACUGAGGAAGCAGCAAUUAAGUUCGUCUGGACCAGGAACUGCAUGGAACAGUAAUUUUUUAGUUAGCUCGGAGAAAUACAACGAAUUUUUGGAUAUGUUUCCUAUGAUAGUAAGCGACUUAACGAAUGCCAAGGCAGACCCAAAUAUUGUUGAAGUAAAUGUACACUACGACCAAGUUCUUCGUUAUCUUGUCCCUUUUGGUAAAAAAUUGAGAGCUUUUAUUACAUUUACAACUUACGAAGUCCUUGAAAAACGAGAAAAUGCCACACCGGAAAAUCUCAGAUUAGCAAUGAUCAUGGCUUGGGCUUUGGAAAUGCUACAGGCUGCUUCUACUAUAGUUGACGACAUAGCUGACGAAGGAGUGAUGCGAAGGGGCUCCCUCUGCUGGCACAGAAAAGAAAAUAUCGGCUUUAGUGCAGCUAAUGAUGCACUACUUCUUGAACAAGGAACUUAUAUAUUACUCAGAAAAUAUUUUAGAAAUCAUCACUGUUAUCUACCCUCGAUGUUGUUAUUUCAUGAGAUUACUCUAAGAACCGGUCUGGGAGAAAGUGCGGAUUGUAUGUCUAUCCAGGAUGGUAAACCUCAAAUGCAACUUCACACGAUGGAGAGGUUUAAACGCAUUGCUGAACACAAAACUGGCUUUUACACUUUUUAUUUACCAAUAGCUUUAGCGAUGUAUAUGGCAAACAUAUAUGACCUGGAACUCCAUAAAAAAUCGGAAGAUUUGUCGAGAGAUUUCACGUUUUUGUAUCAACUGCAGGAUGACUUCAUGGACUGCUAUGGUAACCCAAAGAAAAGUGGUAAAAAGGGAACAGACGUUCAAGAGGGUAAAUGUACGUGGCUCUCGGUAAUGGCAAUGGAAAAAGGAAAUUAUUCUCAGAUAGAAACGAUGAAACAGUGUUAUGGUUCCAAAGAUCCUGAAGCAGUAACAACAAUUUUAAACUUAUUUGAAGAACUAAAUCUAAAAGAUACUUACAAAAGUUGCUUGGAAGAAUCUUUCAGUCAUAUACGAAAAACCAUCAAGCAAAACAUCAGGAAUAAAAAUUUACAGUCAGUCUAUUUUAAUAUUCUCAAAUCUCUGGAGCAAAGAUCCUGUUAA